AUGCCAGUGGUAUACCACGAGUCAAAAGAUCCUUCCAGGAUACUAAACACAACUGCGCCUUCGCUCGCGGAUGCCAUUUUCACCAAUGGCUAUGGGGAUCCCGUUUUCGCCACCCAGACAAGAGGUUGCACUACGGAACUACUCAGUGUAGAGUCCGCAAUCAAGACCCUCUAUCCUGUGGCAAUCAUAUCAUGGCCCGAUUGCGAGGAGAACGAGCCAAUGAUAACAGCCCUCGAGGCACGAAAGAUGCCAGAUGGCUCAACCUCUGCUGUGCGUCACAUAUCUGCAUCAGCUCAUACGGCUCAUUGGUAUCAUACUACAAUCUCGCCGAGAAAGGACGUCUACGAGCGGCUAGCCACCGAAGUUGACACCGACCGCGUGCUCAGAGCGACCGUAGUGCGCCAGAAACGGGGUAUACUGUCAUGGAAAGAGAUCACUUGCGAGUUUCGACUUUUCCCAAAUGCUUUCCUGCGAGAAGACAUUGAUGUCAUGCUCGCUGGAUUGCUCCUUUUGAUGAGACCCCGGGAUUGGAAGACACAUCAGAGCCAAUUAACGCGCGCCCAGCUAGAAUCCUGCAUUGCAGUCACACAGCUAAGAAUGGAUCAGGAAAAAAGCGACGAAGUUUCCGGAUUGACUGGUCGGGAUGACGACGAAAUCCUGGUCUAG